CGCCGCCGCUAUCUGCACCCUUCCUGGGCAGAAUGAAUGUGAUAGACCAUGUGCGAGACAUGGCGGCCGCGGGGCUGCACUCCAACGUGCGGCUCCUGAGCAGCUUGUUACUUACAAUGAGUAAUAACAACCCAUAGUCCAUAGGAUUGCAAAGAGUCGGACACGAGUGAAGCGACUUAGCACACACUGCGGAUGAAGCGAAAUAACUUGUGGAUGCAGUAAGUAGUCAUUGAGUUAUUCUCCCCAUCUCAGAAGUACCAGCUUUUGGUGUAUCAUGCAGAUUCUCUCUUUCAUGAUAAGGAGUAUCGGAAUGCUGUGAGUAAGUAUACUAUGGCUUUACAGCAGAAGAAAGCCCUAAGUAAAACUUCAAAAGUGAGACCUUCAACUGGAAAUUCUGCAUCCACUCCACAGAGUCAGUGUCUUCCAUCUGAAAUUGAAGUAAAAUACAAAAUGGCUGAAUGUUAUACGAUGCUAAAACAAGAUAAAGAUGCCAUUGCUAUACUUGAUGGGAUCCCUUCAAGACAAAGAACUCCCAAAAUAAACAUGAUGUUGGCAAACCUGUACAAGAAGGCUGGUCAGGAGCGACCUUCAGUCACCAGCUAUAAGGAAGUGCUGAGGCAGUGUCCAUUAGCCCUUGAUGCGAUUCUAGGUUUGCUGUCUCUUUCUGUAAAAGGUGCAGAGGUGGCAUCAAUGACAAUGAAUGUGAUCCAGACUGUGCCUAACUUGGAUUGGCUUUCUGUGUGGAUCAAAGCCUAUGCUUUUGUGCAUGUUGGUGACAAUGCGAGAGCAAUCAAUACCAUUUGUUCACUAGAGAAAAAGUCCUUGUUGAGAGAUAAUGUGGACCUACUGGGAAGCUUAGCAGAUCUGUACUUCAGAGCUGGAGACAAUAAAAACUCUGUCCUCAAGUUUGAACAGGCACAGAUGUUGGAUCCGUAUCUGAUAAAAGGAAUGGAUGUGUAUGGCUACCUCCUGGCACGAGAAGGGCGGCUGGAGGAUGUGGAGAACCUUGGCUGCCGCCUUUUUAAUAUUUCUGACCAACAUGCAGAACCCUGGGUGGUCUCUGGGUGUCACAGCUUCUAUAGCAAACGCUAUUCUCGAGCCCUCUAUUUAGGAGCCAAGGCCAUUCAGCUGAACAGUAACAGUGUUCAAGCUUUGCUACUUAAGGGAGCAGCACUUAGAAACAUGGGCAGAGUCCAGGAAGCAAUAAUCCACUUUCGGGAGGCUAUACGUCUUGCACCUUGUCGCUUAGAUUGUUAUGAAGGUCUCAUCGAAUGUUACUUAGCCUCCAACAGUAUUCGUGAAGCAAUGGUAAUGGCUAACAAUGUUUACAAAACUCUAGGAGCAAAUGCGCAGACCCUUACCCUUUUAGCCACUGUUUGUCUUGAAGACCCGGUGACACAGGAGAAAGCCAAAACCUUAUUAGAUAAAGCCCUGACCCAAAGGCCGGAUUACAUUAAGGCUGUGGUGAAAAAAGCAGAACUACUUAGCAGAGAACAGAAAUAUGAAGAUGGAAUUGCUUUGUUGAGGAAUGCACUAGCUAAUCAGAGUGACUGUGUCCUGCAUCGGAUCCUAGGAGAUUUCCUUGUAGCUGUCAAUGAGUAUCAGGAAGCAAUGGACCAGUAUAGUAUAGCACUAAGUUUGGACCCCAAUGACCAGAAGUCUCUAGAGGGGAUGCAGAAGAUGGAGAAGGAGGAGAGUCCCACGGAUGCCACUCAGGAGGAGGAUGUGGACGACAUGGAAGGGAGUGGGGAAGAAGGGGACCUGGAGGGCAGCGACAGUGAGGCGGCCCAGUGGGCUGACCAGGAGCAGUGGUUCGGCAUGCAGUGAGGCAGGCAGCAGCUCCGAGGCCACACUGGCCUGCCCUGCUCUGAGCACUUCCGUGGACUGAAGGAACCUGUAGGAGCCCGCUCUCUGGGAGGACAAUGAUUCAGCAUGUGAUUGCAGCAGGGGUCCCUGCCCCUUACUCCAUAUUUCUAGUAGUGACUUCAUUUUUAAAAACAGCCUGACCAGCCCUCCAUCCUCCCCUGCUCCUGCCAGGGAGGACCAAGUGAGUGCUCUGAGAGGCCCAUGGACGUGUCGGGGCUUCUGGGACAGAGUGCUUUUUGUUUCAAAAUCUGAAAGCUCGAGGACUAGACAGUGUUUUGUCUGUGAUACUGUGGAUGGGUUUAAAGGGGCGACCUGUCAUCCAGAGCAAGAGUCAUCUCCCGGCAGCAGCAUGGGCUGGCCCUUUCAGGGAGGGUUUCCUGUCCCAGAAAUCAUCAUCCUGAGUAGUCCAAACUUCCCUAGUAACCUUGCUUCCUUCUGCAAUGUUAGUAAUGCCUUAAGCUGACAGUUGCUGUUUUGCAGAACGGUUUCCGAUUUGCUAACCUGGUAACUUGCCUGUGAGCCUGGGCUGAGUCUGAGAAACAAGUGUGACCGAGAGCAUGAACAGAAGCGCAGUUGGGGUAAUUAAUAAAACUGUUUUUUGUACAGUAA